AUGAAGCAGACGGUCGCGUACUUUCUUCUGAUCACUGUUUUCUCCGUUUCCAGAUGUGCUAUUUUUGUUGAGCAGGUUUGAGAGAAACAAUACUAAGCAUGUAUAAUAUACUGAAACCCUAUGAAAAAAAGUUUGAAUUGUCAUCGAUAAAAAAAUUGAGAAAAAAAUGAAGAGACAUAAUUUACUUGAAAUGGAAAAAUGGAAACUAAACAAGAGGGAAGGUUUAUUGAGUACUUGAAAGUUCGAAAAAUUCAGCCGAGUUUGAAAGAAACUAUCUUCAUAAUUUUCCCUUCGUCUCCUUGUUGAACCCAAUUUAGGAAAUUAAGUUUUUCAAUAUUUGAAUUUUUGCAAGUAGCAAUUCCGAAGAUUCCCUAUCUAUAGAAAGGUAGUCGGGAAAAUCUCCAUAGGUAUUUAAACCUCUAGGGUGUUAGAGUAAAAAAGAGAAAACUCACAAGGUUUCAUGAGAAUUGAUGUCGUUUUUGGAAAUAGCGAGAAUGCACUCCAAAAAAGUCGAAGUAAUUUAGAGCGACUUACCGGGAUGGCAGUCUGAAGACGCCUACUUUGUGUACCCACAACAGUGAGCUUUCAUUCUCAAACUCAUCUUUCUUUUGAGCUUACAGAUUCCAAGUGAAGCGAUCUCUUGGCCGCAACUGCUUGUUGACGAUCAGCGGCUGUUUCACGACCUCCCAGCAACAACGUUACCGCAAAUACAUGGAGAACGUGCGGUUUCUCUCACAAUGA